AUGGUACAGCUUGACUACACUGUGAGGACACUAGGAGCACCUCUUCAAAGGAUACCCACACUGGCCUUAUCUUUGUGCCGCUCACAUACAUGCGCACAAAAACGCACGUCCAUCAUAUGUCUUUUUUUGAUUGUAAUCCUUGUUUUUCAUGGCUUAUUCCCAAUGGCUCCCUCACAACCUCGCAUGGCAGUGUCUGUCAAGUUACUCGCCUUUUAUCAAACCCUUUUCGAACGCUCUUGUGAUGCUGUCAAUGCACUUGCCUCUGCACUACACACUCACUAUGAUGAGCUCGAAAAUGCUCUAUCAGCAUGUUGGGACCGUGUAGAGGCUGAACACCGGGAGUGUCAGAAUGUUUCAGCCUCUGAUGCCACUGCACCAGAACUACUCAUUCCUCGUGAGCGUUGUGCCUCCAUCCUUACACAACGAUGUCCUGCAUGCUUUGGUGGGAUAGCAUUUGGUCAGGACCUGAGCGAAGGAGGUGAUAUACACGUGGCAACAGAUGGAAACUUCCAUCACUGGCAUCGGCGAUCAGCUGGUGAUUCACCACACUUCUAUGACACCUCAUAUUUUCUUCCAAAAGCACAAGUCGACACUAUUGAUCAUCGUAUCCUUCGAAGCCGCAAAUCUCCGCCUAGACUGCACAAGUCAUUAGUGCCCCACGAUGCAAUUGAUAAAUGUGAGAAUUCUUAUGAAGCUGCUGAUGGCAAGAAGCAGAAGUCUUCGAUGGAUAGCUUCGAUGAUACCGGGGUUAUGGCACUUAUAUGCCGUCAUGACAUUCCUCUCUUCUUUGCCAACAUAGAUACUCCUGGCGAGCAGCAGAAGUAUGCUGUCGCCUUGAUUGAUCAUCUCUCUGCCUUACUACCUCCAAGAGCUACUGUUGUCACACUUUAUGAUGUUGGGUGCGUCUUAUCACGAUCACUGCAUCAGUAUGACAUCCUACCACCAACUAUCAUGAAGCGCUUGCGCUUUGCCACAACAGCAAUGCAUGCCUAUGGUCAUGAAUGGGCCUGUCAACUUGAGUACAACCCACGAAUGUGCCAUGGCCUUGGGCUGUCAGAUGGCAAGGGAACCGAAAGGUUGUGGUCAAGACUUGUUCGGCUGAUAGGAAUCCAGCAUUCUUCCUCAGUAACUGCUAUUGGACUUGAAAUGCGUACAGAUCUAGGAGAUUGGAUUAAGCGUCGACUUAAACGUGGGGUUGGCGAGCAAGGCACAGCAGCACAGAGCAUGCUUGAGGAAUGUGGAGUGCCUAUCAAUGAGCUAUGCAAUGAAUGGGCCUCCCAGAGACAAUCUCAGUUAUCGAUUCGUGCUCAUGCACCUGCAUGCCUGAAGAAAGAGUUAGACACUGUUCUUGCUCUACAAGCAGAUCUGGACACCUCAGAAAGGGCAUUGCAGGCAACAAGGGAGAUGAUGACCAAAGCUGAUGCCACAGAUGAUACACUUGAGGCACUCGACAGCCUUGAACGGGGUCAUCAACAUCUCAUGGCCAAAGUUGAGGUGUUAUAUGCAUCGCUGAAUGUUCAUGACCAGUUUCCAGAGUUGAAAGGUGUGAACCUUGACUUUGUUCGGACACUUCUUUUAGCACGGGACAUCAAGAUCAAUAUUCGCAAACGUGCUAUUGGGAGCUUCUUUGAAUGGGAUAAGUUGGAUCGUGCAGUGGGUGGCGCACAACAGGCACUAGUCACUAAACUUCAUCAACAGACUCGCAAGGCAAUCUCAAAGUGUCAACCAGCCUUGAUGACUGCACUCCGCAAGUUCAAUGCAUAUUGUGAGCGCCUCGAGGAGCUCUAUGACCCAACCUACAGCAUCCCGCUUCCAAUGCCACUUCCAACCAAGCUCAAUGAUCUAUGUAAUGAUCAAUCUUUGAUGGAAGAUGUAUGGAUCACCCCUUUGACAGGUGAUGUUCCUCGUUGGCUAGAGGACCAAGAUAUCCGUGAUGGAAUUUGUGCGAUGUUGAAGAGAGAUAGAUGUAUUGAAGAGAAGCAGCGUCUUGGAUUGGAGGCAGACAAUCUCUGCAGAUGGUUUGGCGAUGAGCUUUCAGCAAUAGAACUUGCUCUUUUGACACCCGGUACUCAGUGCAUUGCAGAUGAAAUUUUCCUAGUCCCACUUCGCCAGCGGCAGGAGCAUCUUCAGCAUCUUCAAACCCAUUGGAUGAGCUCACUUGCACCUGCAGCACGAUUCACAUCUUGCGCAACAGAUGCCAUAUCCCUAGCUCAAAAACUAUCAGGUGUUUUCGAAGGUUGUCCUCUUGAAUGCAUCAAUACGUUUCCUGUCUCGUAUAUCAUACCUACUGAGGAUGAAGAGGCUGGACAAGAAGUGUUCUUUGAAGCUGAUCACGCAGCUCUCAAACCUGAAGAUGCUGUCCUUAUGGACAUUCUGACUGGUGGAGUCACUGGAGAUGCAGGGAUCAUCAUUCCAGGCACUGUCGAGACACGAGUAUCUGCUCCUUACCAUGGAUGUCCUAGUCAAGUAUUUGAGCCAAAGGAUAUUGCACUUCUUGCUUCUCAGACUGCGCUGCUCAAUGACACUUGCAUCAAUGGAUGCGCUAUGCUUCUUUACCUAGAGGCAGUACAAUUAUCUCGCAUGGUUGAACAGUUUGCUAUCCUUUCAACUCAUGACCUCCUGCGCAUCCGAUAUAAUGCACCUCAUGAUGUUCUGUGGCAAAACAUGUCAUGGACACGUUACUGGGCCAAAGAGGUAUGGAUCCUUCCCAUCCAUAGACCAUCACAUGUUGGCCACUGGGUUCUGUGUGUUGUGCACCUCCGAAGCAAGGAGCUCCAUCUAUUUGACAGUUUUGUGGAGCGGAAGCCCUGGAAAGUCAAUAUUAAGGUUCCAUGGACUAAAUUAAUCCAGGACAUCAUGAAACUGAUUGCUCGUCUUCUGGGCAUUGCUCGACAACACAAUCACAUGGUUCAUGUCAACAUUGACUUUGAUGGGUGGGUCGCACAUCCUCUGAUCACUGAAGUAGUCCAAACAAAUGGUUUUGACUGCGGUGUUUGGGUGCUUGCUGUAAUUGCAGCAACACUGCACGGGUACCACUGCAUGGGUCUUAGAGAGGAAGACAUGCAUGCUUUUCAACAUUAUCUAAGAACACUCAUACUUCAGAUCCCAGGUUCCUCCGGUGAUCUCGGUAAGACGGCGCUCGUCAAGAUACAGGGCUAG